UAGAUACGGAGCCGAUCCAACCGUUGCAAGCGCUCCUCCUCCACACGUACGAAGCGAAGAAGUCACCUACCGGUCAGAGAAGUGACUCGCACUGUGCGCGUGGAGCAAAGAAUUGCAGACAGACAGCUGAAAUUGGUAGGAGGAAACGGAUACGGAUUUCCACUACUCCACGGCAGCUGCUUCAUCAUCACCUAUAGUAGGUUAAUUUAAUUAUCCUACCUUUUCCGCCCUAUCCUACUGAAUCUUCUGUUACUGUUUUCGGUCCCCGGCCGUUGACAGUCUUUACCUAUGUCUUCCGACGCUGACUUAUCUGACAAUGAUCGGAAACCUAAGAUUGGCCCUAGCUCCAACUCUAUUGAUCAGUCCUUGGACGCCAUCGAGAAUCAAUUAUCCUCAAUUUCAGUCAGUCAACCCGAAUCCGAACCCGAAUUCAACGAUGCCAUUGAUAUUUCUCCAUCCAAUCAGGAUAAGCUCGCGAAUGGAUCGUUGAGCGAGAAUCCCGGAGCUGAAGAGCUGCCUCGUAGCAAUGUGGUGGAGGACUUUAGCUCUUCGAGUGUCAUGUGGAGGAACAAUUCGGAAGAAAUGGAGGCGCCGUCAAGUCCUAGUAGUAGUGGCUAUGCGGGUGAAAGAGGGAGUAGUAACGCCAGUAGUAGGGCCUCUGGCAUUGAGGAGGAGGUCGAUGGUGAGAUUCUCGAAAUUGGGAAUAGUGAUUCUUUUGACGGAGUUUCCGACUCUCAAGUGCAAUGGCUUCCUGGGAAACGCCACGGCAGUGAGGAUGAUGCUUCUAUUUCCUGGAGAAAAAGAAAGAAGCACUUCUUUGUCUUGAGUAACUCAGGAAAACCGAUAUACUCAAGCUUCUCUUCUCUAAUUCAUUCGUUCAGUUGGAACCCAGCUAGUUUUCUCCAUGCUUACACAUGUCUUCCUCUUGCUUAUGCGACAAGGCAAGCUGCUGGUGCCAUCUUGCAAGAUGUAGCUGACUCUGGGGUCUUGUUUGCCAUAUUAAUGUGUAAACACAAGGUUAUCAGUCUUGUUGGUGCACAGAAAGCAUCACUUCACCCUGAUGAUAUGCUAUUGCUCUCCAACUUUGUUAUGUCUUCUGAAUCAUUUAGGACAUCAGAAUCCUUCUCACCGAUUUGCUUACCAAGAUACAACCCCAUGGCAUUUCUACAUGCUUAUGUGCAGUACCUCGAUGUUGACACAUAUUUAAUAUUGCUUACUACAAGUUCAGAUGCCUUUUAUCAUCUUAAAGAUUGCAGGGUUCGUAUUGAAGAGGUACUUCUGGAGUCCAAUGUACUUGGUGAAGCUCAAAGAUCCAUGGUUGAUGGUGGCAUGCGCGUUGAGGAUUUACCUACUGAUCAUGGUUCUCAGGCCGGAGCAGUCUCCCCUCAUCUGGGUCAGCCUGGACAUAAUAGAGAGUCAUCAGACAGAUUUUCUGAAGCAUUCAUAGGUGUUGGUGGUCCUGCUGGACUUUGGCAUUUUAUGUAUCGAAGUAUUUAUCUUGACCAGUAUGUCUCAUCCGAGUUUUCCUCGCCAGUAAAUAAUAGACAACAGCAGAAAAGGUUGUAUAGAGCUUACCAGAAGCUUUAUGCAUCCAUGCAUGAUAAAGGAGUUGGACCUCACAAAACUCAGUUCAGAAGGGAUGAAAAUUAUGUUCUGCUGUGCUGGGUUACUCAGGAUUUCGAACUUUAUGCAGCAUUUGAUCCCCUGGCAGACAAGGCUCUAGCUAUAAAAACUUGCAAUCGAGUGUGUCAAUGGAUCAAGAACAUAGAAAAUGAGAUUUUCUUGUUAGGAGCGAGUCCUUUCUCAUGGUGAUGUUCCCCAUGUUCGCUUUUUUACGUGUAUUCUAUUUUUUUUUUUUUUUUGAACUUUUCUUUUCUCAAAUUCCUUUAAUAAGUAGGCCUUCCAUUUUUGUGGUUCUAUAUUUAUAUCUUGGUAAUGAAUGCCAAUUGUAGUUUAAAGUUUGGCAGUCAAGAUUCGAGUUUUCUCACUCCAGGCAACAUUUCAUUUUAGCUUGUACGAUUUAUGAAUUUUUGUAGCACUAUCUGUAUCAUCAAUUCGUUGUAAUUCUACAUAAUCAUCUGAUGGAUUGCUAAAGACAAUUUCCCUCGCUGCAUUUGCAGUGAGAUUA